AAUGUACUCUGUGGGAGGAGGGACUUCGUAUGAUUUUAUUGAUUUUGAAUGAAUAAGUUUGAUAUGAAAACUGUGUUAAAUAUAAAUAGUUAAUUUACUUCAACGUAGUUUUAGGAGAUGAGCAUAUCUCAUAGUAUUAAAUAGCGUUAAUAUGGUAUUUGCAAAACGCUUUGUUUCAUCGCGACCCUGACCCUCAGAUUAGGUUGGCUACCUAAAUUUUCUAAGAAUUCCUCAGACUCAAGAACUUACUAAAUGAUACGAGAGUUCUAUGACAGUUCAGACGAAGAUGAAAUGGAAAAUCAGUAUCAGAUAGACCCAGAAUGUCUAGUCCUUACUCGACCAGACCGUGACAUGCAUAAUCGGUGCUGUGGCGGAAAGGCUUGGUGCAUAAAAGACAUAUGUGGCAUCAUUUGUGCGGUUUUGACAUGGCUACUGAUACUGUAUGCCGAAUUUGUGGUUAUGAUGGUGAUGCUCUUGCCAGGGCUAUCCACAUAUCCUUUCUACAGUUAUGUAAAUAUCUUCGUGUUCCAGAGUCUGGCAUUCUUAGCAUUUGCUUCCCAUCUCAGGACCAUGUUUACUGAUCCUGUAAGUAAAUAAAUUUUAAAUACUUAUUUUUUCAUUAAUUCCAAAUGUUCAUAACAAGAUAUGUAAUCAGGUCUAUAAUUGCUAUCUUUAUUUUAAAUACUUAAAUUAUGGUAAUUAUAGUUUAAUUAAUUAAUUUUGUCCUGUGUAGUGGCAGUGUAAGAAUAUCCACUACCCCAUAUAUUCCCGUGGGUGUAGUAAGAGGCGACAAAGGGAAACUAAGGUAGAAGAUGGUUAGUAGCAUCAUUCUGAUAACAGCAAAAUUGCAAAUAAAAAAAAUCUGCGAUUGCCAUCCCACUCGCCAAUCGUGGCAACUAUGGCUAACAUUCCCCUAUGAGCAACGACGCAAAGAAACGGCCCCCAGUUACUGGCCGCUCCGCUAUGUCUGGCUAUGAUAGUGACCAUGAUAACGGCUGGGCAGGGGGUGCUAAGUAUAUCUGGUGAGGGUUCGGUUGCCACCUAAGACCUGUUAACAUUUAAAGCACGUACCCUGAGGGUUGACCCUGACCAGGGUUGCGUACCUUAUAAUCAGAAUCACCAAACAGUAUUUGUUGAAGGUCACACAGGCUUACGCACCAACCUUGCCCCAUCCCAAUGAGGAGGUGGAGGAAAUGUAUGAGGAUAUAUAUCUCUGGAGCUAUGCAUUCGUCCAAAACUCACUAUAUGGUGUUAAUGGGAGACUUCAACUUUACUACAUAACUAGGCACAAGAAAGUUCAGUAAUGUCUAAGUGAUCGCGAGGACGUAAAUUGGUAGCGAUCACCGUAUGGUGAGAGGCACACUGAACCUCAACGUUAAGUUGGAGAGGUCACGUCUAAUGAAGUCAACACUCCGUCCCCCUCAUCCCUUAAUCUAAUGCCCCGAAAACUUUCAGCUCGCGUUACAAAACCGUUUUCAGUGCCUAGAAGUACUGCAUUGCAGUGGACAAUAUGAAUGACAAACUCAUGGAAGCUGUACAUACGGUCGGAGCUAACUUCUGCAAGACCUGUCGCAGAAGUACGCAAAACCUCUCCGAUCACUCUUAAUCUCAUGGCUAUUAGACGGGAAAUGAAGCUGCAGUCUUCAACAGAUUUCAUAGCAUACAGGCAAUUGAAUAGACAGAUCAACAAAUGCAAGCGGCGGGAUUUACGCAACUUCCAUACAGCUCGUAUUGAAGAAGCGAUCAAGCAGAACCAGGGCUGCAAAGUCUUUGCCAGAGUUCUGUCUGCCAGAAAGAGUCAACUGUCGAAGCUGAAGACUGAAUGUGGCAGGAUCGUUUCCGGGAUACCUUACACUUUGAGUAAGAUAGAGGUUCUAUGGGCAGCUACACAUCAUCGUUGGGGUCACACGCAAGUGUGAGUAACGAUCCUAAUACCAAGUAUUAUCCGACACUAUUCCGAUGAUAUCCUGGACGUCAGUUUGAGCGAGAGUAGAAUGGCUCUCCAACACUUUAAAAAGGUCCCAGGUGAGGAUGGAAUUACAGCAGAGCUUCUGAAAUCUUGUGGAAAACCAGUAUGCUUGAAGUCCUUCAGAAGCUCUUUAAUUCCGUCCUCCAUGGUGGCACUACUCUGGAGGCAUGGAGCAAAAGUGCGGUGGUCUUGUUCUUCAAGAAAGACGAUAACGCUCUCUUGAAGAACUACAGACCGAUUUCCCUUCUGAGCCGCGUCUAUGUGCUGUUUUCGAGAGUCAUUACUAAUCGUCUUGCACACAGACUCGACGACUUUCAGCCUCCCGAACAAGCCGGUUUCCAAAAAGGCUUUAGUACCAUAGACCACAUAUGUACUUACCCUUCGGUAAAUUGUAUAAGAAUACAAUCUGCCACUUUUUCUUGCUUAUGUGGAAUAUAAGAAAGCUUUUUAUUUCGUCGAAAUUGCGCCAGUGCUACAGUCGCAAUUGAAUCGCUGGAGGACUAUGCUCAAUGACUUCAAUAGUGCCUCCCAACGGAUAGGUCUUAAGAUGAACAUGGACAAAACAAAGAUCAUGUACGAGGGGACACUAAAAGUUUUUAGGAAAUCAAAAACUGAACAAACUAUCAAGUUAUUAGUUUUAUUAUAUCUUUUUAAAAUAGUGUCCAUUUACAUCGAUACAUCGCUGCAUCCGAUGGAACCACUGAGAAAAGCACUUUGCGCACUCGUCCUUAGGGGUCUUUUAGACGGCAUUUUGAAUCGUAGCCACUGCUUCCUCGGUGUCCAUAUAACGUUUUCCCCGAAGUUUUUCUUUUAUUUUCGGAAAUAAAUAAAAAAAUCGCAAGGUUCGGUCGGGGCUAUAGGGCGGGUGACAGUAAUUCCACGUCUGACGUCGCCAAGUAGUCGAUUGUUUGCUUGGCGGUGUGCGACGAGGCUUUAUCGUGGUGAAGGAGGAACGUACUGCGAGGGAGUUUCUCCCGAACUUUUUUCAAGACAAGUGGCAAACAAUUGUUAGUGUACCACUGUGCAGUAACUGUUUUCGGAUCCUCUAUAACAAUUGUUGCGUAAUGACCUGUCCUUCCGAAGAACGAGGCCACCAUCUUUUUUUCCAUGCUUCGACCUCUCUUCACUUUAGUUGGCAACUCCUCGGAACGAAACACCCAGACGGCAGACUGUCUCUUAGUUUCAGGAUCAUAACAAUAACUCCAGCUUUCGUCAACCGUGUGUCGAACACAGCAUUUGAGUCACUUCCGUUAAAUCUUUGAACCAUUCAUUUCACGACACCAAUCAACACGACGGAGUUUUUAGGCUUCUCUCAAAUUAUGAGGUAUCCACAGGGCACAAAGCUUCGCAUACUCGCUGAGCGACCUUGAGCUUCCUCAUGCGGCCAGCUGUGAAGGACCAGUCUCAGAUCCAUAAGUCAUCACUGGCAACACGCACUGGUUGUAGUCUCGUUUUCCUUUCAUCUUCAUUUUGGAAGUUAUAACGAUGGUAUGUUAGCUGGCCCGCAGACAUUGUUCUGCUCUGCCAAUAGAUUGCAUGUUGAGUUUUACUCCAAAUUCAUCCCAGACUUAAGUGUGAAUAUU